AAAUUUUUGAUCUAAAGAUGAAAAAAAAUGCUUAAUAACAACAUUAAUUCAACAACAGAUGUCAAAGAAAUAACAUCCUUGGCAGAUCUAGAUUGGUUUCAUGGAGAUAUCAGUCGUUCAACAGCAGAAACUAUUUUGAUCAGUAAUGCAAAUGAAGGAACCUACUUGUUAAGAAUUAAUUCUGAUAAGCAAAACUAUUCCGUCUCUGUGCGCUGUCAGAACUCUGUCAAACAUUAUGUGAUUAAUCAUGAUAAAAAAAAAAACAUCUUUGUAUUUGGAAUAGCUACAUUCUAUUCUUUGAAAGAACUUUUGGAUCAUUUUGAAUCACAUCCGGUGCUUAGCAGUGCAGAAGAUGAAACAGUUGUUCUGCAAAAGCCUUAUAAAAACAAAGAUAAUGAGCUGCAUAGUUACACGCCUGUAUCUCGACAUGGAGAAGCUGGUAAAGACUUUUGUUCACCGCAAAACGAGCCAAUAGACAUAUGCGUAGCUUCAAAGGAAGGCUAUCUUACAAAGCGUGGAGAAAUACAUAAAAACUGGAAAGAGCGAUGGUUUGUGGUACAGAAAAACACACUUCAAUACUUUCAUACAAAAACAGCAAAGAAACCAAUAAAAACGUUGGAUUUUUCUAAAGCUACAGAAACUGGAGAGGAUACUUGUGAUAAUAAAAUGAACUGUUUUAGGCUUGUGUUCCCUAAUAGAACAUAUUAUUUUGUUGGAAAAUCUCCAGCUCAAGUUAAAGAAUGGGUUGAAUUAUUUCAAUGGAAAAUUAAUUACUACCAAAAAUUGCAACAAGAAACUCACUAAAAGCUGCACCAGUUGACCUGGUAAAUAUUCUAUGUGAAGGUUUAUAAAUUUAAGUUAUUUGAAGAUGGUUUUUAUAGUUUUAUAUUUUUUUUGACUUUAUAAAGGUUUAUUUUAUAUAUUUUUAGAUGUUUUAAUAUUUAUUUUUUUCUAUUGUAAUUAUUUUUAGAAAAAUAUUGAAAUUUAUUGUAUUUUCUUUAAAAAAAAAUUUAUGUGCUUCUUAUUUUUCUCAUUGA